AUGCCGAAGGACCAUGCUGUGUCCUUCGACGACGACGACGAUGAUGACUCGUACAACGCCGAUUGGCACCCGGGGAUGGAGCAAGCUCCGUCGCAGCUUCCCAAUGCUCGGCCCCCGGCCAUGACCGAAACGAGCCAUCAGACCAACCAUGUGCCUCCUCAGCAACAACAGCCGCAGAACAAUGGAGUUUCCUUCAGUCUGGAUAAUAUCGCGGAUCCAGAACCCGCGUCACGUCCUUCCUAUGCCAAUUCAUAUAGCCGCGACAAUAACCCGGCAGCACCUAGUACCAAGGCAGACGCUGCGGAUGAUGGAAAAUCUACACGAGCAGGACGUGGAAAAUAUGCUGCCCCUGUUGACACCAAGAAGCAUCGAGUGCGUCCUUACCGAUGCUUCUCGGAACCAACCUACAUGACUGAAGACGAAAUCUACGCUGAUAUGAUGAAGCCUUCCAAAACGACUGCAUUUCUCAAAUCACAUUUUCCACCCUCCACGUCCAAGAUUCCAGGAGAACUCAAUUUAUCAGAUUCAAUUCGGAGUUUGUACGAUUCUCCUGAAGUCGAUGGACGGAUUGGAUCCAUUCGAGUCGAAGUUCUAGGUGCUGUUGGAUUGGCAAGACAGAAACCUUACUGUGCGACCUAUGUCGUUAGCGGAGAUUGUGCCUUUUGCACGGAUGUUCUGAAUAACUUUCGAUCUCCCAUGUGGCCCAGCGCCUGUACCAGGGCCGCCUGCUUCCCUGUCCACCAUGCAUACGCCCGAGUCUUUGUGGGAAUAUUUGAUGUCAAGAAACGACAAAACAAGGAUAACGAUGUCUUUCUGGGACGUGUGGUCAUUGAUGUGGCACAGCUUCGACCCAACACAGAAUACGAUAUUACAUUCCCGCUGCGAGCUUCGUCCUUUGUCUACGACAGGCGCAAGAGAGGUGUCGUUCGAUUGCGCUUUUCCUUGCACUGGUUUAGUGAAAGGGCAGCCGUCAUGUCAUACCUUAAAAGUUCACGUUGGUUCAGUGCCAGUGAACCCCAGCGAGGACUGGGACAGCCGACAAUUCCUUGCGCCGAACCCAAAACGUUCCGUAACCUGGCUGUGACUUGUCAUGGACAAGAUUUCCCCGGAAAGUACACCCGUAUGGCGUUUCGUGCAACGAUGCGUGAAUUCAAUCUCUAUCACAUCAAUCUCAGAUUCGUGUUAAAGACGCUGACUUUGGAUGCAUUGCUCUACGAAAGACCACACAUCUCCUUGUAUCUCUUCCUUGCCUUUCAACACUGCAUUUACUCCAAUGUGGUACGAAUGGUCCCGCCGUACUUCUCAGGUUACGUCAUUCUUCUAUUCUUGGACAAUUACAGGCAUUUCAACGUGAGCGAAAAAUUCACGCUUGGGUACAAACCACUGACAGUUAGAGAAAUCAUGGUGGGACUGAUCAAGGAUGGAAAAAGCGACAAGCCGAACUUCAACACAAUCGAAGUCAGGAAAAGAGCAAAGAAGAAGAUCUCCAAGAAACAGGACAAGGAAAAAGCAGCGGAUAACUCCUACUUUGGAUCUACUUUCGGUGCAUACCCUUCGUUUGGUGCGAUGAUGGGAUUGGGGGCUGAAGAAGAAGAGCUUCAGGAAGGAAUCGAAAUUGAACCGAGGGAUCAUCGAGAGUUUCCAUUUUCGGAACGCGAUGAAUACCCAAAAUUUGCAGUGCAGGAAGCACUUGCGCCUAGCACCAAAGCUCCCGUGAAAGGCGAGGAAGGGAAUACGCGUCUCGCUGGGCGUCUUUCGAUCUAUUUCGUAAAGGAAGAAGAGAAGGAGGAGGAAAAGGAAGAUAUUCAGGUAGAAGAUGUUGAUACCUACGAUAUGGAUCUUGAACCCGAGGAAGACGAAAUGAAACAAAGUGGGGGCGCUGGUCUCUUUGACUUGGGCUCGUCGAAGAUGAAGCGAGCCAGGGUUCGGGUAGGUCCGCCACAAAAUUGUGAUAUUAGCUCGAAAAAGAAGACUCCGCCCCAGCAAACGCUUCAGAAGAUUGAGAAGCAAAUGCACAAGCUUUCAAAAGGAAUUGCACUGGAGAGAGUUAUCACCGUACCCGGGGCCCGCAAAUUCGGACCGGAACCAGGCGACGACGAUAAAGGAUCAAAAAAGAAGAGCAAGAGCAGCAAAGAGGACGUCCUUGCCAAGAGGAGUCACUAUGAUGAGUUCGACAAGAUUCUUGGUCUACAAAGCAAGACCGCCAAUCCAGUGUUGCGUAUCACCUCGUCUUUCCUGGGGCCUCUUAUGCGCAUGAUCAGGAUCUUUUUGUACAUUGUGCGAGUCGCCUUCAACAUGGCUACCUGGAGAGAUCCAUAUUUCUCUUUCUGGAUCCUUUGUUUCCUCGUCAUCCAGACUAUCAUUCUGCUGCUAUUUCCCUGGAGACCAUUUCUCUUUAUUUCGAGUUUUCUUUGCCUCGGUCCACAGAACGUUUUCGUGAGGAAGUAUCUCGAGAAAAAGGCUGCGGAGAAGGCCAUGGAAAAAGCCCAGAGCGCUCGCGAAGAGGCUGGAGAAAUUGCUUUCACACCCGUCGUUAACGAAAGCAAAGUCGAACCCGCCGACGUUGUCGGACCUCCGCCCAAGGACGAAAUGGACAAGUCGAUGCCGAAAAUCAACGGAAGCGGUCUGGACGCCUCGAAGAAGAAUGCCGGUUUGCUAGCGCAAAAGAAAUCGAAGAAAAAGUCCGAGGACAUGCUGGGAGACUACUUUUCGUUCGAAAACGACGUUGCUGAUAACGUCGAACAGCGACCAGCAUUCAGCACAGGCCAUAACUCGAGGACAAGCAAGAAGACCCGGCCUCGUGAGGUUGCUGUACCCUACAGUAAGCUUCGAAAGGACAGGUUCUUUGACUGGCCCCCGGACCCGACUGUUUCGCGUGCCACCCCUCUGGCCGGUCCCUGGCUUUCCCCAACGGGUGCCGAGAUGGACGAUGGUGCGUUCGCGGAGAAUGGCCACGGCCCGAUGGCACAAUCGAUUCCAGCAGCGAAUGGUUUGACCCCCGAAAUGGAGAAUCUUCGUCGUCGGUAUGUUGCAGAGCAGCAACAGUUCAGGGGCGGAGAUUAG